GUUGUUACAGAACAUGACUAUACAGAGGUCGUGUACUGAGAAAAUUAGUAAAAUUAAAUUAAAUAAAAAAAUACUGGACUUUUUCAAGUGAAGUGCAUUUUUGCGGAACAAUUAGGUUCUUAUAAAAAAAAUCCUUCAUUACAUUAAGUAAUACAAAGUUGACAGAGAAAAUAAAAAGUGCUAAGUGACUGCCUAACAAGUUUCAAUACGACUAUUGUUUAAAUAAUAUUUUGCUCAGUCAUUAAAAAGCUAUUUAUAUAAAUACACCUACCUAAUUAAUUACUAACGAGCCGUAGGUACAUAGCUUACAUCACAGUAGAUAUAAUAAGCUUACAUGGAUGUAGGUACCUUGUGUUUAAUAAAUUAAAAUGCCAAAAUGUAGGUACGUAACAAUGUGUCAUAAAAACACACGCCUCUUUGGGAAUCUCGUUUUUGGAUGCCAGAAAGAUAAGUUUGAAGAUAAUCGUACUAAAUGUACUGGAAGGCCUCUUAUCAAUUGAUAAUAACCAAUCGCUGGUGAUAGCUCAGUGAGUGGUCACUGUACGUGUUAGCAAAAUGUGUUACUCUUACACUCGUUUGAACGUUUCCCGUGUACUUAUUCUAGUCAUCAUUAUUUACGUAGUGUUCUUGCUUUUCACCUACAAUGAAAAGCUUUACGAAAUACGCGCGGAGAGGAAAGACAUUUCGUACCUUAAACACAAGGAGUUAAAGUACAUACUGCAAUGGACGCGACGGUAUAGUGCGCCUUUCGACUUCAUGGGCGAAGGGAAUUCCGCGUUUAUAAAAAACAAUUGUAAACACACGAACUGUUAUGUGACAGAUGACGCUAACUAUUUCGUGAACCAGUCGGAUUUCGACGCCAUAGCCUUUAACGGUAGAGAUGUGAUACAUUUAUGGCCGUUUCAGUUUCCCGCUAAUCGAAACCCGAAGCAAAAAUACAUCUUCGGCGCGAUGGAAUCUCCCGACAAUUUCCCCGCUUGUGACGAAUCUCUGGACGGUUUCUUCAAUUGGACUUGGACUUACAAACUCGAUUCGGACUUCCGAUGGGGAUACAUCACAAUAUUCGACUUGAAGGGUGCUGUAGUCGGACCGGCGAUAAAUAUGAAGUGGCCAGAGUUGGAUCCGAUUAGUGAUGAUCUGAAGAUUAAGCUGUCGAGUAAAUCGAAAGCCGCCGCGUGGUUUGUGUCUCAUUGCAGCACUAAAAGUGGAAGGGAAGAUUAUGUGGAGAAGUUACAAGAAGAACUCGUGAGUUACGGGUGGACAGUGGAUGUCUAUGGGAAGUGCGGGACACUGAGUUGCGAGAGAAGUGAAGAGCGUUCCUGUUUUAAAAAAGUAGAAGAAGAUUAUUACUUCUACUUGUCGUUUGAAAAUUCGUUUUCAGAAGACUAUGUGACGGAGAAGCUUCUAAUAGCUCUGAACAAUUACGCUGUGCCGAUCGUGUUUGGUGCGGCGGAUUAUAGCAGAUUCCUCCCACCCGGCAGCUACCUCAACGCAAUGGAGCUCGGCCCGGCGGAGCUAGCUCGCCAGAUGAGCGAGAUCAUUGGAGACAACAAGAGAUACCACGACUUCUUCCGCUGGAGAAACCAUUACGUGUACAGAGAAACUUCGUCUGAAGAAGAUAUCUGUAGACUGUGUGAGAUGAUGAAUGAUGACAAAGCGUCGCAGUUCAGUGUUUGGAACGAUUUUAGGACGUGGUGGAAUGGUGAACGAUACGCGAACAACUGUCGAUGAAGUUACCCGUAGGUUAUGAAGCUACUGAUGGUUUUUAUGGAGUGAUGCUUUGUGGAAAUGAAACACAAUAGUGAUGUUUGGCAGCAGAAAUAAAGGAAUGAGACGGUGAUAUUCACUCAAACGAUUUUUUUUAAU